AUGAUCACUCUAUCCAUAGAGAAGCGAGUUACGUCAUUUUGGCAAAAAGGGGACAGCUCGACGUGGUGGAAGGACGGGGUUAUUUACCAAGUCUAUAUCCCCAGCUUCAAGGACUCCAACGGCGACGGAUAUGGCGACCUCAAAGGAUUGGAAGAGAAGCUGGAUUACCUGGCUGGUCUGGGCGUCAGCAUCCUCUGGUUGUCGCCCGUCUUCGAGUCUCCGAUGCACGACAUGGGGUUCGACAUAUCCGACUACUACAAGAUCAACCCCUUGUACGGCGACAUGGAAGACUUCGACAGGCUUCUCGAGCACGCACACGAAAAAGGCCUGAAGAUCGUUCUUGACAUUGCCCUGAACCACUCCUCCGACGAGAACGAAUGGUUCAGGAAAUCGGUAGAGGCCCACGCCGGCGAGGCCAACGAGUUUAAGGACUUCUACAUGUGGGCGGACCCCAUCAUUGGCGAGGACGGGAAGCGGUAUCCCCCGUGCAACUGGGAAAGCACGUUUGGCGGGUCCAUGUGGGAGUAUGUGCCUGCGGCCAACAAGUACUACCUGCAUGUCUUUGGCCGGUCCCAGCCCGACCUCAACUGGGAGAAUCCAGCAGUCCGCCAGGAACUGUGGAAGGUGCUGCGGUUCUGGCUGGACAAAGGAGUCGAUGGCUUUCGGCUGGACGCAAUCAACUGCACGUCCAAGGCGCACAACCACGACCUGAGCCCCGAGCGUCCCGGCAAGCCAACGGCUUCCGGCUGGCCUGAUGCCCCAGUCACUGAUGACAGCAGACCUGAGCAGAAGGCCGACCCUAUGUUUGCAAACGGGCCAAAAGCUCACGAUUGGCUGCACGAAAUGUACGAAGAGGUCUUUGCCCACUACGAUGCGAUGUCCCUGGGCGAGAUGUCAUGCGGAAUCAGCUGCAAAAUCGGACCAGACUUCAUCUCGCGCGACGCGGCGAAGCGGCAACUCGAUCUCAUCCUCCACUUUGAGCACGUCGAGCUCGACUGCGUCAACGGGGACAAGUGGGUGCUCAGGGACUGGAAGCUGCCGGAGCUCAAGGCGGCCGUGACAAGAUGGCAGACGCGCAUGAUUGAGGUUGGCGGCUGGGACACCAUCUGGAUGGAGAACCACGACCAGCCGCGCGGCCUGGGCCGCUUCUUCAAGGACAACGAGGGCAAGGUCAGCAGAGAACAGGGCGCCAAGCUCCUCGCAGUGUGGCUCUUCACACUCCAGGGGACCGUCAUCAUCUUCCAGGGCCAGGAGCUGGGGAUGACGAACCCCCAGGAGUUCUGUGAGGACAUGGUCCGAGAUAUCGAGACGCGACUAUUCUGGAACGCCUCCCAGGCGCCAGGCUUGAAGGGAGGCGUGCAGAAACUUGAGAUGGUCAAAAGAGUCAUCAUGACCAAGGGCAGGGACACGGCCCGCAUUCCUAUUCCCUGGACCACCGACGACGAAACCUCUGCUGGCUUCACCAGCAUCAAGGCCAAGCCGUGGCUUCCUCACCACCCACACUUCCGCGAGCUAUGCGCCGAGAGUCAAACUCAGCACCCAGGCUCUAUAUGGACGUUCUAUCACGACAUGAUACGCCUCCGCAAGCAGCAUCCGGUACUUGCCUAUGGCGACUACACCCUUGUUGAUGAGCACCACCUUUCCGUCUUUGCGUAUACCCGCGCCCACGAUCAAGAUGUGUACUUGGUGGUCCUCAACUUCAGCACGGAUCCUGUGGAAUGGGACCCGCCCCUGAAGGACAGCCGCGAAUGGACCAUUGUCAUCUCGACCUCGGGUCACACCAACGGUGAUGGCCAGUCGUUGGCAAGAAUGCGACUCGAACCGUAUGAAGGCAUCGUGUUCCAGCAGAAGAAUAGGCAGGCAGCGAGCUGCAACGGUGUGUCGGAGGCCGGCCAGCGAGUGUCCUGA